CGCAUGCGCAGUGCGCGGCCCCGUGUCACACAACAGCGCCUCCAUCCAGGAGCAACACCGCCACCGCCGGGGACACCGACCGACCGACAGACCGACCCACCGACGGACAGGAGCUGUUGUUUAAUUCACGACAGGAUAAACUUUCCUCCACCAUGUCGGGAUAUGACAGCAACCCUUUCGCGGACCCAGUGGACGUGAAUCCCUUCCAGGAUGCCUCAAUCACACAAGCCACAAGCGGACUCGCUGAACACAGGGAGUACAACCCGUUCUCUGCAACUGAAACGGGAAAACACACCGGCACGACCAUCCCCAUCUCUGCUGCCUCCUCCCAACCCGCCAUCCUGCCGACCUCCGUGGAGCAGAGCGCAAAAGCAACUGCAACUGCUGCCCAGGCUAACCUGAUCAAACAGCAGGAGGAGCUGGAGAGGAAAGCAGCCGAGCUGGAGCGGAAAGAACAGGAGAUACAGAACAGGACCGGAGGCCCAGCGCUGAACACUGGUGCUAAAGAGAACAACUGGCCGCCUCUUCCCAAGUUCUCCCCCGUGAAGCCCUGCUUCUAUCAGGACUUUGAGGAGGAAAUCCCAGAGGACUACCGCAGGAUCUGCAAGAGAAUGUAUUACCUCUGGAUGUUCCACAGUGCCACUCUUUUCCUCAACGUGCUGGCAUGCCUGGCUUACUUCACUGCAGACCCAGCAAACGGUGUUGACUUCGGUCUGUCCAUCCUCUGGUUCAUCCUCUUCACCCCUGUGGCUUUCAUCUGCUGGUACAGGCCCGUCUACAAGGCCUUCAGGUCCGACAGCUCCUUCAGCUUCUUCUUCUUCUUUUUUGUCUUUUUCUUUCAAGUGGCAGUGUACAUCAUCCAGACUGUAGGGAUCCCCAAGUGGGGAAACAGUGGAUGGAUCUCAUCCAUCAGCAUGAUCCGCACAAACUUGGCCGUGGCUGUGGUUAUGAUGGUGGUGGCCGGCUUUUUUACUGUAAACGCUGUCCUGGCCGUCAUCCUACUGAAAAUGGUCCACUCUAAGUACAGAAGAACAGGUGCCAGCUUCACCAAAGCCCAGCAGGAGUUCUCCAGUGGAGUCCUGACCAACCGAACUGUCCAGACUGCUGCAGCAGGUGCUGCCUCCUCCGUUGCCCAGGGAGCUUUUGGCAGGAGUCAGGGAAAUUAGACUGUUCCCCCACAUCCUUAGUGCUUCAGGCUAGUCUGUCUUCUGACCAACAUACAAUACACCAGACUAGCCAUGUUGCAACAUUCUUCUGUGGUUUUUGGUGGAUGGGGGUUUGAUUAUUUAAUGAAAAGAGCCAGAAAACAAGUAAGUUAAGACGAGGGAAAUUCUUCUCUCUGCGAAAUCAGACUCGUGAGCGGCCCCCAUUCUCCACUUUGUGAUAUAAUACAGAAGACAGUGCACAUGUCUUCGUUGUCAUUGCACUCUUUAUCACUCUCAUUAGUCUACAGCAUGUUCAAACAUUAUUUUGGGAAAUGUAGGAAAAUACAAACUGAAUAUGCAGAGUGAAGACGACAAAAAAAUAAAAUUGGCAAUCCCAGAAAUGCAUUUAACAUUGGCGAUAGAUGCGAGCGUGAGAUAAUCUGCGGUGCACCACUUACUGAGAGAGACUUGGUUUAAGUGCAAAAGUGCAUUUAUUUAAAUGUCAGUUUUAAAAAAAUCUGGUGGGAAGUAUUAGGAUCUUUCCAUAUCUCUGUUCAUGUAGAAGUAACACACAGGGGCCUCAAAAAUAAACAUUGAGCACAGAGUUGGGAUUAUAUAAAAAGCAUACUUGACAUGAGAAUGUUUCAACAUCAGCAAAUGAUGGAUUUGUAUAAUGUUUGUAUACAUAUUUGUGUCAUUAGAUCAGCAUGUAGAGGGGUAAACAGUCUAUCGGUACACUUCAUACUAUGAAGUGCUAGUCACUUUCCUCUCAGGCAAUCAGAUUGGAUGCUAUAAGAUAAGAUACAUCCUGUUACAUGUUACGCUACUGAUGAACACAGUUUCUGUUUUAACUUAGCUCACUAAACAUAAUGUUUUCAUGUGUAUGAUAAUACUGUAUAGGUCAAGCUGAUGAUUAGAUGAUUAAUGAAGGUGAUGGGAUGAAGGAUUUCUCCAGUUAUUUUAAUCAGCUUACUGAUUUUAGAUGAAGUGAUACAAAAAAAAAAAGCUCUUCUGAGGGCAAAUGGAGAUGUUUAACUGGGAUGGCACAUUUUAAUUAAUGUUUUCUGUCAUAGUAUGGUGUAGGUUUAUUAAUGUAAAGUUACUGACAGUAGAGUUUAGAUGUAUCGACUAUAAUAAACGGAGCAUUCAUGAGCAGAAAGAACACAAAAAACUGAUCUGUGGAUUAUCCAUUAUUUUGACUUGAUAUCAUAGCAGACAAAAGUCAUGUUACUGAAUAGUUGCAGAUAGUUUACUCUAACUGCACCUACUUGUUGUUAGGUAGCAUUUUCAUGUUUUUAAUUG